UGUUAGGGAAGGUGUACAUGAACAUCAUUGUUGUUUUCUGUGUUGGGGUCAAAGGCACCGCACUGAAGCGAAUCUGGUAAAGCAGAAAAGCGUAGUUGGUGAAAUUCCUGGGAUCCCCCACUGGACGGAGUUUUUGUUGCUUUUUCUUUCAUUCAUCUCUUACACUCUACGACUACUCUUCCAUUCCCAAACGAAACGCAGCGUUUCUUCUGAUCAUGGCAAGCACGUUGCGGUUAUACUUGACCUGCAUUCGGAACACGCUCGAGGCCGCAAUGUGCCUCCAGGUAUCACUCCUUCUUCGUUUCUUUUGGCAUCAACAAAAUAAUCACGUCUUCUGUUCUGUUCUGUUGUGUUUUUCUUCUUCGCUAUGCUUCCAGAACUUUCCCUGCCAAGAAGUCGAAAGGCAUAACAAGCCCGAGGUUGAACUCAAAACCAGCCCUGAACUCCUGCUCAAUCCGGUUUUGAUAUGCCGAAAUGAGGCCGAAAAAUGCUUAAUAGAAACAUCUAUCAAUUCAUUGCGGAUAAGUCUCAAGGUGAAGCAGGCUGAUGAACUUGAAAACAUACUGACCAAAAAAUUUCUAAGAUUUCUGUCCAUGAGAGCCGAGGCUUUCCAAGUCCUGAGGAGAAAGCCUGUUCAGGGAUAUGACAUUAGCUUCCUUAUAACAAAUUACCACUGUGAGGAGAUGCAGAAGCACAAACUUAUUGACUUUAUUGUGCAAUUUAUGGAGGACAUUGAUAAAGAGAUAAGCGAGCUCAAAAUGUCGGUGAACACAAGGGGGAGGCUUGUAGCUACAGAAUUUCUGAAGCAGUUUAUCUGAUGCUUUAGACUAGUUAGAACUUACAUAUCCGUGUAAAUUGUACUAUUGCAGGUCUAGUUUUCACUUCACUUAUGAAGUGCUUGGUCCUUUGAGCCAAUGGUUUGUGUUUUUAUUAUAUUUAACAGAAGUGCAGAAUAAAUUUUGUAGUUUAGUACAGUAUGUAAAGAAAGAUAUGACAAACCUGCAUGUGACGCGGAGAAAAUGAAGCUACAGAAGCUAGCAGUUAGCACAUUUCCUUUCUCAUGUCCCACGGUUCUUCGGUUUAGUAAAAACUUGUUAAAAUAAAGGACAAAUCAACUAUUUGGUUCUU